AUGAAUAAAAAUAUUGAUGUAUCGUACAUUUGUGAGUUGUGUUUAAGUAAAGAUCGGGUCGUGACGAGUCAUUGUGAUGAAAUAUUUGAAGUAUAUAAGGAACUGCUCGGAAAUGAUGUUUCACGGUUUUUACUGGAAAAAUCAGAGAACAACAUUACUUCUAAUGCAAUGCAGAAGAUCAAUGUUUGUUGGGAGUGUAAAUGUGUGUUGUCAAAGAUUAUAAAAUUUAAAGAACAGAUAAAGAUAGCUCAAUCAAAUUGGCUUCAAAAGUCAUUUACUACACUCUCAAGUCUAAAAUAUACAAACAAUCUCAUAUUAGACUGUGUGAAUCCAGAGGAUAUUAAAGACACAACAAUUAUUAAAAAUGAAGAGAUUUAUCAAUAUAAUAAAAGGCCUACGGAUUGCACUUUUAGUUUAAAUGUGCCACGGCAAGAAAAUAGUAUCAAUGAAACGCUACAUGUCAAUUACGAUGAUGUUAAAGUUGAUGUAUUUUGUCAUCAAUAUAAUCACACAGAUAAUUUUGAUACAUUCGAUGAAGACCUGCAUAAUUUUAAUUUGGACACCAAAGCAAUGAAAACAGUUGAUGAAUUUAAUGAAUCAGAUGACGAGCCACUCACUAAAAAGAAGACAAAACAAAAGGAGAAGAAGAGUAAAGAAGAAAAAAGAAGGGAAAGGGAGUCUGGUGUAGUGAUAAACCCUCGUGUGAUGAAGAAACUACAACAACUCAAUGUGACCUCUGAUCACCUAGAAAUGGUUAUGCUUAGUUGGGAUGAGGUGGAGUCAGAACGAAAGCAGAGUGUUGCUACUGAGAAAUUCACUCGCCACGCCCACAAGUGUUACCAGUGCGUGGUUGGGUUCAAUCAUAGAUGCAAACUGGAAGAGCAUAUGAAGAAACAUAAACAGUCUCCUGGCAGCGCCGAGUGUGAAGUGUGUCAUAUUUUCUGCAAAGAUCAGCCGGCUUUGGCCUCUCACAGACGAAGACAUAGGGUUCGCUGGCGCUGUCGGAAGUGCGGUGGUUCCUGGUCGCGGGCCAGCGUCGCCGCCGACCACGUGUUCAAGCACCACGGGGCACCUGCCCCCACGCACUCCUGUACCAUGUGUGACGUCACCACGGUAACGCUCGGCAAGCUGCGCAACCACAUAAGGAAGUCCCACUCGACGCAGCACAAGUGCGACCUCUGCGGGAAAGUGUUCCGCGACAAGACCUCGUUGAGGACUCACCUCUUCAUUCACCGGGGCGUUAAGGAGUACAGCUGUCCCAAAUGCGAAAAGCAGUUUCUCUUCAAGAAGGCAAUGGAGAUACAUCUCGUGACGCACGACUCGCCGGCGAACAUGUACUGCCACGAGUGUGACGUCACGUUCAAGAACCAAAUGUCGUAUAACCAGCACAUGAAGUACAAUCUGAAACACAUCGAUCCUGCCAGGCUCAAAUACGCCUGCACUCUUUGCGAGAAGAAGUUCGUGAAAGCGGCCCGCCUGCAGGAGCACAACAUGGCGGUUCAUUUAAAAAUCACGCCGAUACAAUGCCCUAUUACCGGCUGCCAAUUCGCUUGUUCGUCCCGCUCCGUGCUCCGGACUCACAGGCGAGUGGCCCACGGGCGAGCGGUCCAGAAGAGGGACCACGUUUGUGACAUGUGCGGGAAAGCUUAUACGACGAAGAAGAGUCUCGAGGGCCACCUGCGCACGCACAGCGGAGAACGGCCUUUCCACUGCGCCAAGUGCCCGGCUGCGUUCGGAUAUGAGGCGGCGUUGUAUAACCAUAACAAGCUCGUGCAUUUGAAACACAAGGUAAACCGAAAUCGAGUGACACAUACAAAUUGGCCCGUCGAUGUUUCUAAUGUAGAAUAA